AUGACCGACACACUCCGCAUCUCGACUGUACGAUUUCCGCCCCCUCGGCAGGCCCGAGGGACGGUGCUUAAUACUAUAAUGGAGGAUACGCGCGAAUCUCAUUUCGCUCAAACCAGUCCGAAAGUCUCAGUUCCUUCCAGACUUACACCGGCAGCUAUCAGCCCGAAGUUGAAGUUGCAGACAAGCGGGUUCGCAGUACCAACACACGCCCGGCUCGCCCGCCUAAUGUCGCCCCUCUCAGCUGGGACUACCUCAUCAUGCUCAGAUACAGAAUGGCAGUCUCAGAUGCAAGAAUUUCGAGGAUACGACAACAUGUAUGAUGCCUCAGAUGAUGACAGUAUUGACGACAAUGAGACCGAAAUUAGCGAUUCAUGCUUUUCCCCCGAUACGCGGCCAUCGAGCUUGAUUACACCAAUUACUCGAAACUCGAUGACCUCAACUGGGAGUCUAAAGCGCUUGACACUUGAGAUUCCCUCGUCUACGUUGUGGCCGUCAAUUAAUGGGUCCCUCAAGGGUUCUCCAGUCCCGCCGACGCCUCCAUCCAAGAUUCCAGUCUCGCCAGCAGCGCUGUCGAUGCUCAGUCGUUCUGUGCCUGCAUCAUAUGCUCCGCCUUCGCUCGAUGGUAGUAUGACUUCGGACCAAGAAUCAAUCAUCAGUGCAUUGGCUACACCAGACUCUCAAUCUCUGCCAGACACCAACUGGGAUGCACAUGAUAUCCAUGUUCGCCGAGAUCUGGACGGAAGUGAAAGCGACCUAGACAAUGAUGCCAAUUCCGACAUUCAGACUGUCCCAAUUGCUAUCGAGAACCCGCAUGAGGACUGGCGUCAUGUUCUGGGAAGUUUCCCCCGGAUUCCCACCGCUGCCCAUGCAUAUUCACCCCCGCUCUCACCGUCGCCUGCGCCAUCUUUUCAUCUGAAUAAUGAGCCAGUUCAGGAAUAUGAUGACUUGUACGACGCCCCACAGCCUAUUGACCAAGGCGCUUUUCUGCCCAACUCAGCACUGGCAAUGCUACACCACAUUCAUUUGGACGAGACACCCGACUCGUGGUCCGAGACCUCGGAGGAUAAGGGCGAGAUGUGGCAACUCCAGCCGCCUCCCAGCCGCCCGAGGAGUGCUGACGGGGCCACCCCCGCAUCUGAGCUGUCUGGAUACAGUUUCAGUGACCUCAGCAUUCCAUCUCCCGGUGGCUUCUUUGCCUCUUUGGCGCCCCGGGCGCGCCACACGUGGUCAAUCCCCAACACCAACUACCAGCCUUCGUCUGCGGCUGCAGAGGGCUUCUACAAUCUCCCUUGGCGUCGGGAUGAAGGAGAGGUCGUUGAGCAUGUAGUUGAGUGGCCUGAACGCCCAGUUGACGAAGAUCCAGUCACAGCGGUUCGUGAUGAAGAAGCCCCGCUUACUGCCAUUCGCCUUCCCUGUGACACACCAACUCGUCGGUCUAUCUACCAGGAUAGCCCCAUGAGUGCUGCUUUUGACGCAGUUCAGGUUCAAGAGAUCCCCCGCUCUGGGAACGGAUAUGAGUACGAUGAGUGCUAUGACCAAGAGCUGCAGGAGCGUGCAGUUGCGAGCCACGACCGGACCAGUAUUUGGUUGUCUGCCCAAGCAUCCUACAUGUCCGCUCUUAAUGAGACAAACCCCGUGAAUGACAUUGAGCCCGUUGAAUCAUCCGAGGAGUCUAAUACCGUCGAGGCUGAACCAAAAGACACCACAGAAGAUGCUUCCAAGAAAAUGGUGCGAUUCGUCGAAGGCGUUCCCGAGUCCCUCAGUCCUUUGCCCCCAGUCCUCGCUAGCAAGGAUUCAAUUUACUGGCAAGGCUUCCAGUCUAUCCGGGAACGAUCAACCAAGACCGAUGGGUUCAUGCACAGAAACAUGCGCUUCGAUGCCGUGCAAUCUAUGCGCCUCGCGAUGAUCGACGUUCACAUCAACUGCUUGCUAGGCAAGUAUGAGCUUGUUCGCCCCGAGCGCCCUGCAUACAAGGGUCCUUUCGCCAAGGCACCCCGCAACUCGAUGAUUACCUCCGAGCUGGCCGAGAAGGCCCAAUUUGAUAAGGUGGAGAAAGAACAGCUGGUUCUUGCUCAGCUGUCCCAGCCCAUGUGGGCCAUGGAUGCUCUCCGGUCUCUCAACGGCGGAAAUCUACUCACAAGUCCUGCCCAGCGCGUGCUCGCACGAACCUCAUCAAAGCCCAAGGCCCCCCAAGGACAACGCAAGAGGAGUUUCCGCAUUCUGGACCUUGGUGGGCACUCCUCCUGCGACUGGGCGUGGCAAGCCGCGCACGAGUUCCCAAAUGUCAAGGUUUACACUGUCGCCUCCAAGAACCAGACCGUAAACAACGCCAUCAAGGGUCCUCCUAACCACCGCCAGGUGACUGUGGCCAACCUCUGGGAGCUCCCCUUUGGCAACAACCAGUUCGAUGUCAUCUCCGCCCGCUCCUUGCACGCACUGUUGAAGACGGAAUGUCCCGCAGGCAAGGACCGUGACGAGUAUGACCUCGUUCUGAAGGAAUGCAUGCGAUGCCUCAAGCCAGGCGGCUACCUCGAGUUCCAAGUUCUCGACGCCGAGAUCUCGCGGGCGGGGCCGUACGGCAGCGCAACGUCAGUGGAGUUUGCCUUCAACCUGCGCAACCGCGGAUACGACCCACUAGCGUCGAAGAGCUUCGUCGGUCGUCUCCGCAACAGUGGAUUUGUCGACACGCAGCGCGCGUGGAUGUUCCUCCCGAUGGGCACCGAGCACAUCGAGCAGGAGCCAAUGCGCGAGACUCCUGCACCGCGUGUGCAGAGCCAAAUUGAAGAUUAUGAGGCGGUGCAGGGGCCGAUUGGUAGCACGGCGGAUAUUGCCAGUAUGACUGGGCUGAUUGGUGGAUGGAUGUGGGAGCAGUGGUUACUGAAAUUGCGAGUGGAGAUGGGUCGCGAGCGGUCUAUAUUGCUGGAGGGUCUUGGUGCGCUGUUUGACGAAGGGAGGAAGAGUGGUGCGGGCUGGACCUGCCUGUCUGGAUGGGCUAUGAAGCCGAAGCGAAAGAGUUCUGUCUCUUUGGCUAAGGCUGGGUCUACCUAG